GCCAGGAUCGGGUCAAGUCAAGACAAGAAGCAAACUCCUCAGAUAAUCACCUCGCUCAACCUGAUAUCAUAAGCUGAAGAGCCAUCAUGGCCAUCUUCACAUUGUCAGCAUUCCUCGUUGUUGCUGUUCUCUCUAGCAUGACUUUGGUAUCUCAAGGGGCUGAGACAGACCUUUGUCAGGGUCCCUGCUAUUCUGGUUGGAUUUACAAGAAUGGCCGCUGCUUCCAGCACAUUGCUGAUGAGAAGAGAUGGCUUGACGCUGAGCUACACUGUGUGAGUCUUGGAGGAAACCUGGCCUCAGAGCAUAGUGAAGAUGAUCAUGUGUUUCUGAAGCAGCUCAAUGGCGAUGAUAAGCCAUUCUGGAUCGGAUUGUCAGACACGCACAAGGAGGGCACAUGGCUAUGGUCCGAUGGUACAAGUGCAAAUUUCAAGGAAGGACUAGCCUUUUCAAGCUGGAAUUCUGGAGAGCCCAACAAUCAGGGAGAAGAGGGCUGUGUGCACUCAAACUUUGGAGGCCAAAAAGACUGGAACGAUAUUGGAUGUGAUGGAAAGUAUCCGUUCAUCUGCAGCAUACGCCUUGGUUGUAUGUCUGUCUGUAGCUCAUGCUGAUGCUGCUUUGUGUCUCUUAAUAAACCUCCCCAAGCAUUGAA